ACCAUCCACGUUUCUGGUGCUCCACUGUGGUGACAAACAAAGACACAGAAUUAAAUAGUUGUUUUUAGAACAAGCAGUUUUAGUUUUCAAUCAGCAACAUCUGCUGAUGUUGCUGAUUGCAAAUUAAAAUCAAAAGUCAAAAAAAGCUACUUCUCAGUCUAAAAUCACAGCUCAGAAAUAUCGAUAAGUUACAUGUAUGUUAAACGAAUGUAAAUAAAACUAUUCCAAAAUAUAACUUAUGAAUACGCUAAACCUUAUCAAAGAACAGAUUUAUCACAGAUAGACCUAGGAGUUUGUGAAAUAUAACUAAAUAGCUUAAAUGUAGAUGUUGUUCUUGUGAAUAUAUUUGUAUUUUUAAAAAGAAAUGACAGUGAAGUGUGUUUACCCUAAAGGAAAAUGGUUACAAUCAAAUGUGGAUGUGAACCAUGACCAGUUUCUGUAAAAGUCCAGUGUCUGUUUUUAUAUGCACAAAUCUAAACCCACAGACGGGCACAGUGGUUCACUUUCUGCCAAACCUCAUUGACUUAAUGGAUGAUUUACACUGGUCUUGUUUGAAGUCUUUUUUUGUGCUGACAUUUGAUUUUAUCACACAGUGCUGUGUUAAAUGCUCAGCUUUCACUGAACUGUUUCAAUAUUUGUAUGGACAGGUAGAAAUGUGUUUUAAGUUUGUUCCUAAUGUUUGUUUAUAGCUGCUGAAUUUGGUGUACAUCGAAUGGGAUUUUUUUUUUGUGCAAUUAUGGGUUUGUGAAGAAUGAUUUAAAUACCAAGUGACUGAAAUUCAUUGUUGAUGUGGCGAUGGAUGAUGAUGAUGCUGCUGCUGCUGCUCCUCUUUUGUGUGUUCUGAGCAACAACAAUAUUUGUGUUGGAAGAGAACCAGUGCUUCACUGAUGCAGCUGCAGCACUGGUUUUUACGUUGGUGGCAGUGAAGAUAUUUUACACUGCUGUUGAAGCCAUCUUUGUCAUUCUGAUGCUGUUUGUAUGACACGAACACUGUUAACUCGUUUUAAAAGUCACACUAGAUAAUCAUUGCAAAACAAAAUGAAAUUAAACUGGGAAAGUGAGCUAAAAAUAUAGUUAGAAACACCUUAGAAGUGAUCUAAAGUUUAUAAUAUUAAAAAAUAUAACUGAAAGCAAAAUAUUUUACUCCAAUUUGGCAAAAAAAAAACAAAACAACAACAACUAAUAUCUAACAGCUAAAUAAAAUAUAAUACAGAAAGUAGGGAAGUAAGACAAAAAAUAUGAUGAUCUAGGUGUAGAUACAGUAACAUCAGUAGCAUAAUCAGUAAUGAAAUCAAUGAUUGCAGUAAUCGUCAAAUCGUCGGCAGUUAUAACAAUAGCAGCAGUGCCAGCUGUAUGAACCAGAGCUUUAAAGGACAACAGUGACAGUUACAUCAGUGACAGUAGUAGUGGUAUCAGUAGCAGCAGCCUCUGUCAAACACCAGCAGUGGAGGCAGAAGACACGGGUGGGUUGUUUAUUAAUGUGGUGAUAAAGUUGUCUCUGAGAAGAAAAAGAAAGACGACUGAAAGGAAUACCUUGGUCAUUUUCUGAUAAAUCUUGGUCUUAAAUAUAUACAUUUCUAUAUUCUCUGUAAAAUAGUGAUUAAAAAUAGCCACUUACAUUCUUUAUUUUAAGGAAGAAAGAAAAUAUGCUUAUAAAAUUAAAUAGUGUGUAAAGAAGCUGCCUCCUGCUUUACACAAACCUCUUCUGUUUUGCAAAUGCAACAGGAAAUGACUUUACCGUAAAUGAACAUUACGACCACAUCAUUUAUGUUAUAAUUCAACACGCCGCAUUAAGCAGAGCCAAAGUCGAGUGUGCACGUUAAGAGGUUUCAUUUUAACAUUUAUAGCCAGAAAAGAGGUUUAAACCGAGCCACUGUCUCUGUCAGGACGUAACCUGAUGCUCAACACUCCCUCUUUUCUCUUGCUUUGCUCACCCACUAACUGGAAGCAUCCCGCCAUUGCAAGAGACUUGUUGUAUCUCAAACAGAAUGAAGAUUAAGACAGACUCAGACUCAAACUGGCCAUCUUAAGUAAUAGAAUUGUAUGGCAAGCUUAGAUACAUCUUUAUAAACAAUAUAGUUUCAUUUAAUAUCACAUUAAAAGGUAUUACAAUGCAUUGUUUAGCCCUAAUUUUUCUUUACUCUGAGAGGAAAAAAGGCCUCGACAGGUUCAGGCCUUGAUCUGUCCGAUGUUUUUUGUCUCUGGAGCAGAUUCAUCUGUUUGUUCUCAUCUUUUUAUCUAGUAUAAUUUAAUCUUCCGGACAGAUUUAAUCUGCCAUCUCUGUAUUUCCACACCUCCUCCUCCUCAUUUGUCUCCUGCUGCUUUUGUUUUUUGUUUUUUUUUACCCACCUACAGUUAGUGAGCUCACUAUGUGUCCCAUGUGUGACCCACACGUGACCCAGUUUUCCCUCAGUCUCUACGGAUCCUCUCUGUCAUUUGUCAGUACUGCACCAAGAUAAUGCUGCGUCUCGGCUUUCCGUGGUUUGUCUGCCGACAUUGUGGAGUCUCCAGUGGUUUGUCCAAAUGAUAUAAAGUAAAGGGAGUGACUACUCAUUGACUUGGUUUUAUAUACAUAUUCUUCAGAUGUGAGGGGUAACAGGUGGACUUGAAGGGUCAAACUGCCUUAAUCAUUUCUUCUUUUCGUAUUCUCAGCAGCUGCAGCUUCUGUGUAUGAUGACAGGAAGCUUUAGACAUUGACGACAUAAGAACAAUAGCAGAGUCCUGCACGGAUCUGCUUCAGCUAUAAAAAUAGAAGACCUUCCUGUUUGCUGUAGAACAAUACAGUCUUCAGUCUGUGUGUGGUUUUUACUGGUUUUGUUUUUUUGUUGUGAGCCUGAAAACCAGGGUCAGUUUGGAUCUGAAGGCAAUAUGCUGCUAUAGGGAAGAAGUGGAAAAGAAGGAUGAUAUGGCUACCCCGAGGUGCUGAUAUCACCUCCUGUUUCAUGGAUCCAAAACUUCAGAGGACUGAGGGAUACUGGACUGAAUGGAACUAGUCCGUGUUCUGCCCAGAGGAAAUCAGCAGAUGGUCUCCUGCAGCUCUAGGUCGGGUCUCCAUCAUCCAUAAAUGAUGUAGGAACUGUUUAAUUUACCACUAGAACGAAGUAGAGUAGAAGUGGCAGCAGCAGCUGAUCUGAUUAGCCUGAUCAGACCAGGGUCUGUAAAGAGACCAGGAACUGGACCAUCCCUUUAAGAACUGGUUUUGUUUUCAUCAGUUUUUAUAACUUGGGAACCUCAGACAAUUGUGAAGGGGCAUCCUUUUCUAAGCCAAAGAACAAGAACCGUUUAGUUUCUUAAUUCUCUUACGCUGACGGUUUCGGAUACUUUGAAGACGCAAUUCACUGUUAAGAAUGAUGUAGAAUCUGUUUGAGGACAAGGGGACAGCAAUAGGAAGGAGGAGACGAGAUUUGAAAGGACAAGGACAGAGGGGACAAGGGAAAAAGUGGAAACCCGAUCCCUGGGCAACGCCCCGUCAACAAAGAAUCGUGGGAGAAAAAUGAGGCUUGUGUGAAGACUGAGUGAGAGUGGGAAUUCCCAGAAUUCCUGAACAAGUGGAGAGGAUGGAAAAAAAGAUCUCAUCAAAACAACUGAAACAGUUUCUAUAUUUUCAACAUAUAAUUUUAUAUAUUAUAAUAUAUGUUGAUUUCAUCAACAGAGUAGGAAUUACCAGUGUAAAUGAAUGUAAACACCAGUGAAUAACUGAUGUCAAUCAGUGUGAACCAAUGCAAAUGACCAGUGUGAAUGAAUGUGAAACAGUGUAAAUAACUAGAAUUUAAUUUGUAAAUCAAAUCAAAUAACUCGUAGAAGUAAUUACAAUGGAUCCUCCUUUUUUCGAGCUUCAUACAUUCCUGAGGGCCUUUUAUGAACCGGAAAGUUCGGAAACUGAAACAAUUUUCCCCAUAGGAAUCAAUGCAAAAUGGAUUAAUCGGUUCCUGGACCCUGGAUGACUACUUAUUAAAAUUCACAGAAUACACAAAACCAAUGAAAAUAUUUAGAUCUAACACAAAAGAUAAACACAACUGAAUAAAGACUAUAGUUAUAAAUCGCAAUUUCAUUCAUCCUUACUGGUACUCAUGAGGCAUGAUUGCGCAAUGUUCGCUUUGCUGUCGACGGCCAACUGCUUCUCAUUGAUCCAAAUCGGUAGCAACUUUUCCACUUCUAAUAUCUGAGACAAUAAAAAAACAAUAAAAAUAUAGUUUGUGAACCAAAUUGUUCAAAAUAAGGAGGCGUUCGACAACCGAGGUUUCCACUGCAUAAACCAAAGUAAAUGUGUCUCAACCAACAUGAAUUAGUGUGAAUGAGUUCAAACUAGUGUCAAAAUCAUGUGUGAAUGUAUGUCAGUAUGUCAGUGUGGAUUAAAAAAAAGGAAUUAAUAAACAUAUAUGUAUUGGUUUUGUUAGGAAUAAUUCAUACAUUUAGAUACAUUUUUUUUUACAUCAACACGGAUCGAGUGAGAUUUUGUAACGUCAAAGAACCCAACAUUUUUCAUUUGAGAAUUGUUAAAUCUGCUACGCAGCUCAUUGUAAUGUGAUGAUCGAUGCGGUCCAACAGGUGGAGGCAGAGAGCUGUGCUCUUUUAACUCAGCUGGGACGUUUGUGAGGAUCUGUCAGCUUCUCUGUGUGUUAGUUUUAUAUGAAAGGCGUUCAGUAUCAAACACACACACACUUUCACAAGACCAGUGUUUUCAUCCUCAUCUCUUUUGUUUUUGUUUCCAGAUUUAACACAGAUGUUGGGGUCAGAAAAUCAUCAGGGAAAAUAUUUUCCAAAUGAAUGUGUUAAGUAGUAAAUACUAGGGAUGCACUGAAAUUAAAAUUCUUGGCUUAAACCGAAAACCAAAAAUAAAGAAGCCAAGGCCAAAAACCCAAAACACAACAUUUAUGUUUUAAUUAAUAAAACAAUUACAAAAUAUAUAUAUUUAGCACAUUUCAACAAUGCACAAUAUAAAAUAAAAUAAAGCCUACUGGCCUUCUGAUAGAUUGUAAAGUUAAAUACAGUAUGUUCUCUCAUUAAAAACACAAAGUGCAUUUAAGUCAUUUGCUGGAUGAUUUCUCGUGUGCGCUGCUUUAUUCCCGCCUCCAAGUAAUGAUCUUUGGAACGUGGAUUAAGUACAGUCGUGAGAGGAUCCGAGUAGAUCUCAGUGAAACAUGUGCUGACAGAUUCUGUGAGUGGACGUUCAUUGUUUUCACUCCGUGUUCUGUCUCGAUGUUCCGUCUCGAUUAAAGGAAUAACAUCUGCUGCAGAUGCAUCAGAGAAGCUGAUCUCUUUAAUUAGCUGCUCAAAUGGGACAAGAAGAGAGAAAAUGCUCUGGUAUGAAGCGAAUGUCGUGGGGAGCUCCUGGUCUGCGCCGUAUGCAGCCAAAAGAGGCUAUCCUUCCUCUUAUAUUCAACAUAGCGAUCGGGAUUUUUGGAUUUCAGGUGAUAAAUUAAACCCGACAUGGAGAAAUUCUUUGCAGAUGCACCCUGUCUAAAAAUUGUAGCAUUACACAUUUUGUCUUAAAGCCGAAAAAAUGCACUUUUGGGCCUUUUUCAGCCUAAAAUUUUCGGUGGCAGAUAUUCGGUGCAUCCCUAGUCAAUACUCAUUAGAGUUGGGCCAGAUAGAGCUCAGGUUAUGACAACAGUAGAACCACAGCAGAUAACGGAAUGAUAUUAUUAAAAAAAAAAAGUAUUGAUAAGCUCAUCCCCAUCACAGCACAGACCUAACAACAAAAUACAAAUUUUAUUUUUGUGUAGAUUGUUAUUCCGUUUAUUCAUUUUUUCAUUUUCAAAAACAGAUGGGUCUCCCUAUUACACACUCACCAAGUCAGCUGUGCCCCUCUCCCAGUUACCAUGGUAACAGUCAUGAACCAGAUUUAGUUAGCUUCCUCUUUCCUUUUUCUUCCUUGCUUCCUCUUCCUCAUAAUCUUUUGUAUAAUUCCUGUUAUUUUCCUGUGAGGAGUCCUGGAUUCCUACAAAGUCGGUGUUUAAGAGACGGUGAGACAGAGAGACUGUUAUCCUGGUUCCUGAUUCUCAGACACUGUUGUUGUACCAAAUAAAAACAAAGUGCUUCCUCAAAAAAAAAAUAUAGAUAGGGAUAGGGGUCAGUGACGUGCAAUGAGGUACAUGACUGACAGCGCUGAGCCCCAUAGGCACAAUAGGUAACAGGCGCACGUCCCUGCGGUAGUGGGUUUGAAAAAUCACCGUCUGAAAAGUAAUUAAACCCCUAUGAACACAUUAUUAUGCUUUAAAUAUUUCAAAUUAAAAUAAUUGUAAACAGUGUUGGUCCGCAAUGAGGGGGCGUUCAGUGACCAUCAGAAAUUUGAAAAUCUGAUGAUUAAGGCACCAAAACCGAGUGUUUGGUCUAAUUACUGUAUAUUUUUGUCAUGCAGGAAAGUUUUAUUUUAUUCAAGGCCAUUUUUAUUUCACAAUAAUAUAUUAGACCUUUUUUUUUGUUCAGUUUGUUUUAUACAUUUUGAUAUUGUGCAGUGUGACCUCUGUUAAUAGAGAUGCCUGUAUGACAUUUGGCAUGUUGCCUAAAGUCAUAACUGAGAGUUUGUUUUUUAAAGUGUUUGUGUCUGGAAAAAAAAGUAAUCAAAUAUGCUAUAAUGCUUUAGGAGUAAAUUACAUAACAUAUCUAUAUUGAUCAUAUAGGCAAAAUGUUAAGAUGUGGCUUUUAGUCCAGAUCGCCCAGCCCUAGUCCUGAGUAAAUGUUAUUUUAUUAUUUAUGAUUUCUUUUUUUAGGUUUCAUUUUGAACUGAAAGCCUUGUUUGAUAUUGAUUAGAACUCGGUCAGUGUUUGCCGACCCUUGUUGGGUCGGUUGGUUUACAAACAGUAACACAAUACACAUGCUGUAACACGUGUCUGCCACAGUAUCUGCAGCUGCGUCAGUUACGUCUGUUUGUUUGUUAAACAUCAGUGAAACAGUAACAGUGUUUUUCGUUCAACUUGUUCUACAACAUCUGUGUGUGCAAAUGUUUGUUUGUGUGUGUGUGUGUGUGUGUGUGUGUGUAGGGGGGUGUGCGUGCACAUGUGUACAUAUUGUGAUGAUGUGGCUGCAGCAGCACUAAUGUCUGACUAUUCAUAUUUGAUUUCAUCUUUAAUAUUUUAGUCAUGUGACCUACUUUUGCUCCUCUGCUUUCAGUUUAAGGUAGAAACCUGCUCUUUCUCCUCUGACUUCAGAGGAGGAGUAGGACAUGGGAGCAUGGACUUUACCUCCUCCUUCUGCUUCUCCACAUUCGUGUUAUUUUUAACUGUCUCUCGAUAUGAUACUGUUCUAAAUAUCAGUGUGACAAAUCAAACCUCUGACCAACUCCAUCGAUCCAUCGAGAUACAUCUGAAACCACCUUAAAAGAUCAGUUUCUUUUUAAUCUGAGCAGUUUCUCGUUUGACCUAAUUUAACACUUUCUCCUUUUUUAUAGAUUACUUUUUUAAUUCACUAAAAGUAAAUGCUUUUAAUUCACACUUAAUCAAAUCUGUUAUGGCUUAAUAUAAACUGACAGCAGCCCUGUGUGUGAGUGUGUUCCUGUGCCUGUGGGUGUAUCUGUGUGUGUGGCCCCUCCCCCUCUUCCUUGUCUCCACAUCAUGUUAAACCUGGACUGGACUUUCUGUUCUGUGGAUUAUUUGUAGAUGAAAUUUGACGAGAGUUUAAACUUGCCUCUGGUUAAACUUUUAAGUUUCUUUUGUUACCUGUGUUUUCAUCAUUUAUUUCACUUUCAUAGCUUAAGAAUCGGUAAGAAUCCCCCUAAAGCAUUUGGUUUUGUUUACAAAUCCAAAGCAUUUUGUGAUCUUCAGACUUUCUUUUAAAUAAAAUCUUAGAAAUACACAAAAGUAAAAUUUGAUUUUAAAAAACGUUUAACAAAUAUUUAUUGUUUGUUGUAUAAUAUUGUAUUGUCUAGGUUUAUCUGGAAGUUAUUUUCUAAUUUAAUUGAUGUUUUUGCUCGUAGUUAUUUCUACAUUUAUGUGUUAAAGAAGGCCGGCAAAAAACGAACCAUGGCUUCAGAUCCAGGUCAGUGCUGUUGACAGACUACAGGCCAUGUUUUACCAUCGUCCUCUCCUGCUUUAGGCAGUGUUUGUGUUUGUGUGUGUGUGUGUGAGAGAGAGAGAGCAAGAAUGAGUGAGUAGCUCAGCGAAUAGGACAGUGGAGGCGGCAGCGGCAGCCGCUCUGUGAGUCUCUGUCUGCGGGUUUGAAAGGCAGUUGUUGGGGCAGAAGAGGAGGCGGUCAUGAGGAGGAGGAGGUCUGGAGUCUGCAUGUCUGCUUUACUCUAAAGAAGAAGCAUUUAAAUCACAACUGAAACUGGUCAGAGGGGAGUGCUGCUGCUCCUGCUGCUCUGCGGGGGAUGAAAUAAACACACAAUGGGAGCCGCGGCUCAAACACCACCGUCCGGGACAUGGAUCUAAGAUAAUGUUUACUCUACGUUUGACCCAGAAUGGAGGAUACAGGAGCAGGAUCUGAAGCAGUCACUCUUUCACUGCCUUGAGUCAAAGUGAUUUUAAUUUUAAACAGAAAAGCUGAGGACACAACUGCCAGUUUAAAUUCCACUGGGAACCACAGAGAAUGUGCUUCCUACCUCAGAGUCCACAUCUGGAUCUUAGCCUCAGUCUCACAGAUGUUUUUUUUCAGAGUGGGUUUUUUAGGUUACAAUUGCUGUAGCAAAGUAGAAGAAAAGAGAUCUGAUGACGAGUUAGUGGUUCCCUGUCAGGGAUGCACCUUUUGGACAGCAUGGAGAGAGGCACGCCUCAGAGGAAAACAGUCUACCGCAUCUCCCUCACCCUGGUGAAGAGGGAGAGUCUGGACGCUGAAACGGAACCACAACAAGUUGAUGACCCCAAGGUGAGUGCUUUCAAAAGAGGGACCUCAGUGGAGGUACAAUGCAGUAACGGUGGACUCCUAGAAGAACUGAGGGAGGUGGAGAAUGAGUCUGAGGAGCAGGCAACAUUAACCCAAGGAUGGACUAGGAGUUUCAGAACCUUCAGCACUGGUCAGCUGGAGCUGGGAAGACUGAAGAGUGCCAAAAGGCAGCUGAAGGAGAAGAAAACCGGUAUCUUAGCAGAGCAGGAUGCUCAGGGAGAGGCCACAAAUCAGAAUUCAGAAGAUUUCAGGGAGGUUAUCUGCUCCGGAGCUACAGUUAGGAAUGUGGACAAGAAGAAGGGACUCCUGAAGGUAAAGAGUAUGGAGGAAAGGGAGAGCUCUGAUAAUCUUCUGACAAGUGAGGAGGUAAUACCUCUUGUUCCAGAGACGACACCUCCUCUAAAGCAGACUCCAGGUCUCCUCUGUCGGAGCUUCAGCUUCAGACACUGGACUGGCGGUGAGCUACUGCGGCUAAAAGCCCUCUCUAAAGACAAAAACCACAGCAGUUCCAUCUCUGUCAGAGGUCAGGACACCUCUGUGGCUUCUCCAACAGCAACUCCAUCAACACCAACCCCUCCCCACCAUGAUCUCAGCAGGCAGAAGAGCAGGACGCUGGAGGUGGGGGCCAUCCUCAACAAGACAGCCUCCUUCUCAGAGCUAAAUCGCUGGGAAAGAGCAUGUGGCGGCAAGAACCGGACUCUAGACAACAGCGACCUGCUGCGACUGGUGGCCGAGAAGGACCUGCCAGACGGUGGAGGAGGUGGGUUUCAGCUGCGUGAAGCAGGAGGACGCUCCAGUGACAGACGUUUGGUUCGCUUCUUCAGUGGGAUUUUCUCCAGGAGAGAUGGAGCAUUGGCGUCUACACCAGGUGGAAGCCCCAGCAUCAACCGGCCACUGCGUAAGAGUGGGAGGUCGGCACUGUCACAGUCCAGUUCUGAGAGUAUGAACGGAAGAAGUGCUGACGAUGCAUUCGUCAACAGUCAGGAGUGGACUCUAAGUAGAACAGUACCAGAACUCAAAGUGGGCAUUGUGGGUAACCUAGCCAGUGGUAAGUCAGCACUGGUGCACAGGUACCUGACAGGAACAUACGUCCAGGAGGAGUCUCCGGAAGCUGACGUGGAUGCAGGAGGUCGUUUUAAGAAGGAGAUUGUGGUGGACGGUCAAAGUCAUCUGCUGCUCAUCAGAGAUGAAGGAGGCCCCCCAGAGGCUCAAUUUGCCCUGUGGGUGGACGCUGUCAUCUUUGUCUUCAGUCUGGAGGAUGAGAUUAGUUUCCAGACGGUUUAUCACUACUUCAGCCGCUUGGCCAACUUCAGGAACACAGCAGAGCUUCCUCUGGUGCUGGUGGGGACACAAGACGCCAUCAGCUCUGCAAAUCCACGUGUCAUUGACGACUGCAGAGCCCGAAAACUUUCCAACGACCUUAAACGCUGCACCUACUACGAGACCUGCGCAACCUACGGACUCAACGUGGAAAGAGUUUUUCAGGAUGUUGCUCAGAAGAUCGUAGGCAGCAGGAAGAAGCAGCAGUUGUCCAUCGGUCCCUGCAAGUCCCUGCCCAACUCACCGAGUCACUCGUCUGUCUGUGCGACACAGGUGGCUGCUGUUCACAUCAGUCAGACCACAAACGGCGGCAGUUUGAGCGACUACUCAUCGUCAGUUCCGUCCACACCAAGCACCAGUCAGAAGGAGCUGCGCAUCGACGUUCCUCAGUCCACCAACACUCCGACUCCAGUCAGGAAACAGUCCAAACGACGCUCCAACCUCUUCACUUCUAGAAAAGCCAGUGAACCUGACAAAGAUAAGAAAGGUCUGGAAAGCCGGGCAGACAGUAUCGGCAGUGGACGGGCCAUACCCAUCAAACAGGGGAUGUUGCUAAAGAGAAGCGGGAAAUCCCUCAACAAGGAGUGGAAGAAGAAAUAUGUGACACUGUGUGACAACGGACUAUUGACCUACCAUCCCAGUUUGCACGACUACAUGCAGAACGUCCAUGGGAAGGAGAUCGACCUUCUUAGAACCACAGUGAAAGUUCCAGGGAAACGUCCUCCAAGAGCUGUUUCCACCGGUGCUGCUAAUGGACUUACCAAAGACCUGAACCUGCUACAGCUGGGACAGAACCAAGCAGUGUCCAGCAGCUCAUCAGUGUCCCAGAUGGCCAGUGGUGUCAGUCUUGUGUCCUUCAACAGUCGUGGUGUUGAAGGGAUGCACCAGCGUUCAUACUCUGUGUCCAGUGCUGACCAGUGGACCGACGCCACAGUCAUCGCAAACUCUGGAGUUGGCACAGAUACAGGUCUUGGGGACUCUCUGUGCUCCAGCCCGAGUAUCAGUUCCAGUACCACUAGCCCAAAAAUAGAGCCACCUCCAUCACCACAUGCUAACCGUAAGAAGCACCGCCGCAAGAAGAGCACCAGCAACUUCAAAGCCGACGGAUUUUCUGCUACUGCUGAAGAAGGAGAAGAAAACUUUGAGUUCAUCAUCGUGUCUCUGACUGGACAGACGUGGCAUUUUGAAGCCACAUCGUAUGAAGAACGAGACUCUUGGGUCCAAGUAAUCGAGAGUCAGAUCCUGGCCAGCCUGCAGUCCUGUGAAAGCAGCAAGAACAAGUCUCGUCUGACCAGCCAGACGGAGGCCCUGGCGCUGCAGUCCAUCAGAAACAUCCGCGGGAACGCUCACUGUGUGGACUGUGAAGCUCAGAACCCUGACUGGGCCAGUCUCAACCUUGGUGCCCUCAUCUGCAUCGAGUGUUCGGGGAUCCACAGAAACUUGGGAACUCACCUGUCAAGGGUCCGGUCUCUGGACUUGGAUGAGUGGCCGUUAGAACUCAUCAAGGUCCUGUCCUCCAUCGGUAACGAAGUAGCCAACAGCGUGUGGGAAGCUAACGCUCAGGGACGACUAAAACCUGGACCGGAAGCCAGCAGGGAGGAACGUGAGCGCUGGAUACGAGCAAAAUACGAGCAGCGGCUCUUUUUGGCGUCGCUGCCGUGUGCCGACGUUUCUCUUGGUCAGCAGCUGCUGAGAGCCACAGCCGACGAAGAUCUGCGCGCCGUCGUCCUGCUGCUAGCUCACGGAUCACGACAGCAGGUCAACGAGACCCUCGGAGAUGCAGACGGCCGCAACGCACUACACCUAGCUGCUCACAAAGGCAACAUUGUCAUCACGCAGUUACUGAUCUGGUACGGGGUCGAUGUGACGGCCAGGGAUGUCCAUGGUAACAGUGCGGUGGCGUAUGCCCGUCAGUCGAUCGGUCAAGAAUGCGUGGAAACGCUGGUUCAGUACGGUUGCCCCGACGACCGGUUCCCGCUCAUGGCUACACCCAACCUGUCACGACGCAACAACAGCCGUAACAACAACAAUGGCAGCAGCAGUAACGCAGCGUUCAUCUGACCGGCCGCCGUCAUUGGUCUUUAAGCCACUUUCUAAAGACCCACCGAGCCCGGAGCACGUGCUGUGCAGGAUCCAAAGCAUGCUCGGAGAAAGGCGUCCACGAUCACCUGACCUGAACUGAUCACCUGACCCGUCAAGGCCUGCGUUGACUUCACCGGUUCACACUAAUCACCUCCAGGUCCAAUCAUGAUCCAUGAUUUCUUUUUCUGCCCACAUUUGUUGGUUCACGGUUGUCGUGGUGACGGUGAAUUUAUCCUGCCGUUUAUUUUAAUGUAAAUGUGAAAAAGUCUAGAUGUAAAUGUUUCACAUCAGUUCAAAAACAAAGAAGGGACAAAAGAACAAAAUUUAAUUUAAUUUUUUUUUAUUAUCUUUUGUGACAUUUCUUUGUUGCUGGACCAAUGGUUACUGUCAAGGCACAAAGAAGGAUUUUUUUUUGUUUCUGGUGUAAAAAAUUGUACAGAAUUUUUAUGGGUUUUUUUGUUCAAAUUCUGUUCCUCGUCGCAGUCUGCACUGCAGGAAAUACUACUACUACUUAAAUAGUACUGGCAUUUAAGUGCUACUUAAGUAGAGGUUGUACUACUUCACCUCUAAAAAGUACAAAAGUCUUCAUCUAGUCUACAUCUGAUUUUUAUUUCACUCACCUUCUGGAAAGAAAAUCCUCAUUUAAAUUAACAAUUCACAACAAUUCUUAACAGUUCAUUAAUAUUACUAAAAACUGUUAAAUAAAAACACUUUAAUUGAUUGUUUUAAAAAAAAUCUGAAGAAAACAAAAUCCAAAGUUUCCUGACUUUUCAUACAUAUUUGGAUUAGUAAAAAUCAUUAGUAAAAAUCCUAACAUAUUCAAUAAACAAACAUCGUUAGACAUAUUUUGUCCAAUGUUUAAAUCUUGGAAACACAAUGUUUUUUUCUUGAAGUGAGUCAAAUCUAAAAACCAGAUUUAUUUCUGCAUUUAUUUCUACCAGACUUAAAACUCUGCUUCAACCUGUUGCUGAACUUUGACCUUUUCAUAAUAAGAAAAUAAUUCAGCAACUGUCAAAACUGUGGCUCGGAAAAAAGGGAAAAACACAUCCUUUAGUAGCUUAUCUUUAAGUGCAGCGAUGUUUGUUAUAAUAUUUGUCCGUCUUCUCUAUUUCUCGUCCAAUCAGUCGCUUGGAUCUGCUCAGCCACUCACAGCCAAGCGCUCCUCCUCCUGCUUUUACUUUUGUAAAUAGUCUUCUCUUCCUUUCUGCUUCCUGUUUGUCUUUGAUGACAUCAUUUAGUCACACUGUCUUCGACGUGGCCCUGCGAUUAACUGCUGAACUGUCCAGGACGUACUCCCCGCCCCCGGCCCCACCCUCGCCCAAUGACUGUUGGGAUUGGCUCCAGCUCCACCACAUCCCUAAAGGAAGUAAGCGAUAGAAGAUGAAUGAAUGAAGAUGAAUGAAUGACAUCACCCAGAGCAGUGGUCAUGUGAUGUGACAAUGUUAGCUGGUUCAAGGUCAGUUCAGGAUGAGCCCAGAUUAACAAACUGGGUCUCAGUCCUGUUUUUAGAUCAUGUCUGUUUCAAGUUUGAUUCUAAUAUUUGAAGUGUUUACAUUCACACUUAAACCAGUUUCACGUAAACGCUUCGUUCGUCUGAUUUUCACAUUUGUGUCAUCAAAAAAAUACGUUUAAAACACUUAAAUUCAGCCGUUGAAAUCAUUUUGAUUUUAAAUUGUUGGUGAAACCGUUUGGACAUCCACACUUGGACAGGUUCAUACUGUGUCCACGUGUAAAUCUGGUUUGUUUUUAAGCCCUGUUCACAUUUAACCAGUUCAAUUUAACACUGUGUCGGUUUGAAACAGUUUAAGCUGAAACUUUAUUCACAUUUGCACCAGUUUAAGCUGAUGCUUAUUGAUUACUUUAAUACUGGUGCAGGUGUAAACAGCCAUAUUUAUACUCUUUCAGUUGGUUAUAUCAAGUACAUGAACACUAAGCCCCUCCCACAUUCGUGUUAGUGUGUGAAACUGAAUAUCAGGACAAAGACUUACUUUGUGAUCAAUAUGCACUAAAACUAAUGACCUUCACCACAGCUCCCACUCCUGUGACCUCACUUCCUCUGUUGCCUCAAAAGCUCAUCAUUCAACUGAACUUUACAGCAAAGAGAAUGUCACUCCCCCAACAGUUUAAAUUCACAAAUUAAAAAUGUCAUGUUUCAACUACAGUUAACAUCUAUUAGCUGAACGCAGCCAACACAGAAUCAUUUCUAUCAGCACAACUCGUAGCCGUAAGCACUUUAUUAGAGCAUCACCCACAUCACACAGUAUUAGUCACUAGUACUACAGUAUCUCUUCAAGUAGACGUGUAAUAAUAAUUUCACACUAGAAAACCUAAACACUAGCUUAUUAGCAUUGGAGUAAUGAAACAUCAUUUUUUAUAAUGGCAGCAGUUUUUGUGUAUUUGUCAUUAACACUGACGACUCCCCAUGGUAAGCAGACUAACAAAAUUCUAUUGAUUGUGAGUUACUUUUUUUUUUUACGCAGAUGUCUAGCAUGACAAGUUAUAUAAUAGCUAAAAUUAUCUAUUAGCUAUACUCAACCACACAUAAUCAUCAGGGUCAUCUGUUACUGAAGCUAACUGAGGCAAGCAGUGAGCACUUUAGCAUAGCAAUGCCGCAACAUGCAAAUAUCACAAUUUCCUUGAACUAGAAAUACGAGGUUAAUAAAAAUGAGUAACACUUGCUAGUUUGUGUUAAGAAAGGGUAAACUAGCAUUCUAUAAUGUUAACUAAUUUGAGCUUAUUUUGGUUUAGCAGCGUCAACGUUUUUCUUGGUUCUUUUUUCAGGUCACAUCAGGACUUUUUUAUUUCUUGGGAAAUUAAACCAUAUGUAAAAAGUGACGAGGUCAACUGUCCUGGCACAGCUAAAUAUCUAAAAAGCAGACUCCAGCUAAUGCUUAUUAGCUGGUGAACACAAAUGAGCUAAAUCGUGCUAAAUAUCCUUAUUCUGCUAGCCUCUGCUUUUUAACAAAACACCAGUAACAUCUGCUAAUUAGCUCAAAUCAGCUGAAGGAUAGCAUGUUGUGAAAACUGUUAGCUAACAUCUAACAAACGGACUGAAGCUGCCUGUAUUUAAAUUAAUUAUAAAUAAUAUAAUCAAAAAACUUUGCAACAGAAAUCAAGUGAGCAGGAGACAAUGCUUAUUUGUAAAUAAAGAGAAGUAAAGUAACCCAUUUGUUUUUAGUCGUGUCUGUAUUUUAUGUACUUAGUACCAGUAUUUAUAGACCUACCACAAAGACUCCGCCCACUCAUGACUAAGUUUCAUUGAUGCCUUCUUUUUGAUGUCCAUGUUUUUGUCCUUAGCAAGGAUUUGAUUUAUGAUGCAGAUGUUUUUACUCUAAUUAUAAUUGUUAUUUCUAUUAUUGUUCUAAUUAUUGAUUUGUUCCUUUGUACAGUGAUGUUAAAAAUUUGAGUUUUACUGUCACGUGUCUCUUUUCAAUAAAAAUGCUUUGUAAUAUUAGCUAAUGCUUAUGUUAUUAUUGUGACAUGAGAUCUUGAAAUGACCAAUUUUAUAUGAUUAUGUCCAAAUUCAAUAAAACAAAUUUGCUGCUGUAAAAAAAAAAGACUUUUUAAAACGAUGGAGGAGAUGUAAAACAGAAAGAAAAAAAGUCAAAGGAUGGGCAGUCAUGCUAACGUUUUUCAGAUUUUUUAUUUAAUUUUUGGGGGGAAUUUUUCAGCAAAAUCGUAAUUUCGCAUUUCAUGUUGGUCAAAAGUUGAAAAAGUUUCAUAAAGAUUUUUGAAAAUAAAAUUCAAAAUUUUAUUUUUCUGUAUGUUUUUCAUCAAAUUAGAGCAUUUUCAAAAAAUUCUGGGAAAAC